CGAUCAUCGAAUGGCGCGAACUGAUAGAAGAGUUACAUAGUCGUGGCAUGUAUGCUAUCAUGGAAAACACAAUCGGCACCAUGGGCGACCUUCUGAGCUUCGAGGGCUUCGAGAACCAAACGACUCCAUUCAACGCUCAUGAGUACGACACACUCUGGAAAAGCAGCCGCAGAUAUCAUGACUUCGAGGUUGAUAACGACAUUCUCGAAGAUUGUCAAUACCCCGUCUUUUAUAAUGAUGACGGAUAUCCCGUGAACUCGUCCAUCAUGGCCACCUUCGACAACAAGUGUCGAAAAUCCGACUUCGAUCAGUAUGGAGAUAUGAAGGGUGUAGGCUAUGUCCCUCCAUACCAAAGUCAGCUGUCCAAAUUUGCCAGUGUUCAGGACCGCCUCAGACUGUGGAAACACGACGUCUUGGAAAAAGUCAUGCACUUCAGUUGUAUGCAAAUUGCGUCUCUUGACAUCGACGGUUUCAGAGUUGACAAGGCCCUGCAAACGCCAAUUGAGGCGUUAGCUGAGUGGGCAGAUUACCAGCGCGAGUGCGCUCGUCGUUACGGAAAAGAGAAUUUCCUGAUCACCGGCGAGGUUGUUGGUGAACUCAAAUACUCCUCUGUCUUUUUCGGUAGAGGCAAGUCUCCUGACACCUACUUCGACAAUCAGACUGAAGCACAACUUGCGACUGGAAGCACCGAAGGCUAUAUUCGCGAGUUCGGCAACAAUGCACUGGACGGCAGUAACUUCCAUUAUCCCACAUAUGGUGCGCUGACUCGCUUCUUGGGACUCGACGGCGACAUUGGCUUCGAAGGCGUCGACUUCGCGCAGCAUUGGAACGCGUAUCUGCUUACUGACGAUUUUGUCAAUGUGAACACUGGCCUGUUUGAUCCACGGCACAUGUUUGGCACGACCAACCAAGACGUCUUCCGUUGGCCAGCACUGAUCAAUGGCACCCAAAGGCAGGUCCUUGGGUUCUUCAUCACAUUCUUGGAAAUGCCCGGCAUCCCUGAGCUUAUCUGGGGCGACGAAGUCGAAUACAAGGUGCUGGAAAACUUGGCUGCCGAUUAUAUGUUUGGCCGUCAACCCAUGGCGUCAACCAGGGCCUGGCAGAUGCAUGGCUGUUACAAAGUCGGCGCUGCUGGCAAUGGUUACUAUGAUAUGCCAUUUGGUGAUUCACUUACUGCUUGCGAGGACGAUACAGUCAGCCUUGACCAGAGAAACGCUGCCCACCCUCUGCGGAAUUUGAUUAAGCGCAUGUUUCAGUUGAGAAUCCACUACCCAGUCCUCAACGAUGGCUUUACCCUCACCACGCUCUUCUUCGAAACGAGAGACAUAUUCCUUCCCCACAGCGGACAACUCCCAACGCCUCUUGGCAUCUGGUCGGUCUACCGUGGCCGUACCCCAGAUGUGCAAGACUUCGCUGGCGAAGGCAUGGGGAACCAGGGCAUUUGGCUCCUCUUCUCGAACCAGAAUGAGACCACUUACUACUCAUAUGACUGCCGCAACUCAUCUGGCUCUCUCGUUGCGCCAUUUCCCGAAGGAACCACUGUCAAGAACUUGUUCUAUCCAUACCAAGAGUACACGCUGAACUCAUCCACGACGAAACUAGGCAUCGAGGGCUCAGACGAAGUCAACGGCUGCUUACCUGGCAUUGAGCUCGAACCUUGGGGGUUCCGUGCCUUCGUUCCGAUCGACAAAUUCGUUGCAGCUGCACCAGUCAUUACUGGUGCUGUACCUCGUCACGAUUCAAGAAUUGAAACUACCGUAGACCUGAACGAUACGAUCUCAAUUCCUGUUACACUGCUCUUCAGCCGAGCGAUGGAUUGUGACUCAAUUCUCCAGGCCAUCACCCUUGAGUCGAACACUAUGACGGAUAUUACCCCAGCUUUCGAGCCCUUGAGCGUCGUCUGCCGCAACAUCUCGGCGGAAGGCUCCCAGCGCUUUGUUGGAGAGGCCUUAUCCAUGUUCGAGUGGUCAGCUAUGCUGAUGAAUGUCAGCCAUGGCGUGCACACGUAUACCGUUGCUAACGCAACGAGCACCGACAGAACGUUAUUCACAAACGCUAAAGAUCGCUUCAUGCUCCGAGUGGGCACAAAGGAGAACCCGGUUGUUUUCCCUGGCAAUGCUAAUUACACUACUGGCCUCCUUCGUCGCGAGUCCACUACUGGCCAGCUAGUUCUGAUACCAAAAGCCGCUGGAGCUACACUGUGGCGCUUCUCUACCAACUACGGCUCCAGCUGGUCAAAUUGGACUUCCUAUACUGGUGACGAAGUAGAGAUCGAGGAACAAGCGUGGUCCGGGACCGAUGCUCAACGAUGGAGUGGUGUGCAUGUCGUGACGCAGUACUACUCGAACUUGAUUGGGUCUACAGACCAUAUUCAGCACUCUGAUCUCGACUCCGAAGUACCCAAGCGCUGGCCUCAUGUCCACGUACAGGGCCCAUGGAACCAAUAUGGUUAUGAUGGUGGCUUGGACGAUCAAAUGCACCAAGACUUAGAAGGCGUUUGGAACUUUGAUCUGUCUUCGGAGUGGCCCACGUCGGUGAUCCUCAACGUCUGGGGCAUGAAUCCUGACGGAGCUCCCGACAAAUCAGCUGCAUUCGGAGACGUGGAUGGAGAUAUGGUCGUCGAUUUUGUUCCGCCUGACAGUCUGUCCUUCAAUCAGAUCAACAUCACCGCACCACACUGGCCUCACACUGCAUAUGCGGUGUCAAUAAACGAUGGCUCACUACGCUAUACCAUCUCUCCCAUCGGGUCUGCGCAGAGACAGCUUACGUUGUAUAUCAUCCUGGCUUGCUUUCCGCUAAUCACUGCCUGCUUAGCCGUUGCAGUGUAUCACGGCUCAUUCUACCGCCUGAAGUACAACUCUAUUGGCCUCACGAAGCGAAGUUAUCCUUUCAGUCAGUUUCAAAAGAAGACGAGUAUCACAGAUAUACCACAUUUCACCUUUGAUAAAGUCUCAGAGAAACGAAGUGUUUCUGGUGCAACUGAAAUCAACCAGGAUGUCGUUACGAGCGAGGCUCCAAGGACGAUCCUAAUUGCCACUAUGGAGUACAAUAUCGCUGAUGAGUGGAACAUCUCGAUCAAGAUUGGAGGCCUCGGUGUGAUGGCAUCAUUGAUGGGAAAGCACUUGGACAAGCAUAACCUCAUCUGGGUUGUACCGUGUGUUGGAGAUGUUGUCUAUCCGAUUGACCGCGUGGUCGAGCCCAUUCAGAUCACUAUCAUGGGUAAGCCCUAUCUGAUUGACUGUCAAGUCCACGUUGUUGGCAGAAUCACUUAUGUACUGCUCGAUGCACCACUCUUCCGACAACAAACCAAAAAGGAGCCGUAUCCGGCUAGAAUGGACGACCUCGACAGUGCGAUUUACUACUCCGCUUGGAACUCUUGCAUCGCCGAAGUCAUGAGAAGGUAUCCCGAGAUCAAUAUUUACCACAUCAACGACUACCACGGAGCAGUGGCCCCGCUCCACCUGCUUCCUAGAGUCAUCCCCGUUUGUUUGUCACUCCAUAACGCUGAGUUCCAAGGGCUAUGGUCGCUCAGUACGCCUCAGAAAAUGCAGGAGAUGAGUGAUGUCUUCAAUCUGGAUAAGGCUACGAUACGAAAAUACGUCCAGUGGGGUGAUAACUUCAACUUGUUGCAUGCCGGGGCUAGCUAUCUCCGUGUGCACCAGAAAGGCUUUGGAGCAGUUGGAGUAUCGAAGAAAUAUGGUGCUCGCUCGUUCGCAAGAUACCCAAUUUUCUGGUCAAUUUCUGUGGGCAUCCUUCCGAACCCGGACCCAGCUGAUACAGAGCAAUUUGAUAAGUGUCUCCCAAAUCCCAAUGUCAUCAUCGACCAGGAGUUUGAAAGUUCGCGUGGAGCGAAACGAAGGCAAGCACAGGAGUGGGCCAACUUGACCGUUGACGAAUCGGCCGAACUCUUCGUCUUUGUCGGUCGUUGGUCGAUGCAGAAAGGAAUUGAUUUGAUCGCAGAUGUAUUCUCAUCUGUGCUCGAAAAGAAUCCAAAGGCACAACUGAUCUGUGUGGGUCCUGUGAUCGACCUCUAUGGAAAGUUUGCUGCUCUCAAGCUCGACUUCCUGAUGAAGAAAUAUCCUGGAAGAGUCUAUUCGAAGCCCAUGUUUGUGUAUAUCCCACCAUUCGUCCACGCUGGUGCAGAGUUCGCUCUGAUACCUUCGCGUGAUGAGCCAUUUGGCUUGGUCUCCGUCGAAUUCGGUCGCAAGGGAGCUCUCGGCAUCGGAGCUAGGGUAGGCGGCCUCGGACAGAUGCCUGGAUGGUGGUUCUCUGUUGAGAGCUCUUCGACCAAACACCUGACAUCGCAAUUUAAGAAGUGCAUAAACGGUGCUUUGGCUUCAGAUCAGCAAACACGUGCGCUGAUGCGAGCUAGGUCGAAGCAACAGAGGUUUCCAGUCGCCCAAUGGGUAGAAGAUCUCGAGGCUUUGCAGUUGAAGGCAAUCAAACUCAACAAGAAGGUCCAAAACGGCACGACAUCAACUUUCAGUACACCAACCAGUUCGCCGCCUCGUUCACGGAUCCAGUCACGCGUGACUUCUCCAACAGCCUCAAGAAGUUCUUCUCCCGCUCCGCCGAUAUCGCAGCCUCAAUUCAGACGCCGACUUUCAUCGCUGCUGUAUCCCGCCCACCCAUCGUCGGAGCAGUUCAUGCAAUUCAGACGUAGGAUGUCCUCGCUCUUUCCAGUAUCGCGAAGAUCGCCGUUCGAGCAAAAUGGCGACGGCAUCGUGGCUGAAAGCGACGAAAUAAGGGAUGAGGUCGGCGUAUUACCACCAUCUUCGCCUAUGUGUCGACCUAGCACAGCUGGAAGCUUGAACGGAGCUAUCUUCAGCCCCGCCUUUGGCUUUUCAGAGGAACCUAGUCUGCCGGGCGAGAUUACGAGACCUACACUUGCCCAUUACAGACGUUCUUCGACGCUUAGUGUCGACGAAGUCGUGGGCGAGAAGACCGAUUAUCGUUUACAACAAGUCGACAAGGACUUCACCGACAGUCAGAUGGACUACUAUCGCAUAUACGAGACUAUGCUUGGCUCCUUGAACGCUAAGAAUUCUGAAGGCAAGCUCUGCAUUGAAACGUUCUUGCAAUCAGCCCAGAAGAACUGGUACCAGCGGUUUGGUGAGGCCAAGCUUGGCCGAUCUAUGAUCUCUGCACCCGAUGUGGGCGGCAAGAAGAAGAGUGUCUCGGUGACGAUCCGUGAAGCUUCGAUCAGUGAGAGCGAUCGCACAAACAGUAUUGGCUCUCAACCUAGUGUCGAGCAAUUCUUCACUGGUAACUAUAAGGCUCCCACCGGUCUCAAGCUACUGUUGAUGUCGAAAAUUCCUUUUUUGGCUCCUGACUGGCCGUUGUACGCUUACCUGUUGGCUUUCGGCCAGAUUGUCGCCGUCAACAGCCAUCAAGUGACCAUUUUGACGGGUGCGCAAGGCGAGAACGCUUCCAAGCUCUACGUCGUCGCCUCAAUCUAUCUGGCUGCAUCACUUUUCUGGUGGGCAAUGGUUCGCAGACUCGCAUCCAAGUACGCACUCGCCCUACCUUUCUUCUUCUAUGGACUGGCAUUCUUCUUCGUCGGCCUGGCUCCCUUUGGAGCUACCCUGGAUAGCCGUGGGUGGAUUCAAAACGUCGGAGCUGGACUUUACUCAUUUGCUUCUGCCUCUGGAUCUCUGUACUUCGCGCUGAACUUUGCGAGUGAGGGUGGUGUACCGAUCCAGACUAUGAUCUUCAGAGCCACUGUCGUUCAGGGCGUACAACAACUUUGGGUAGCUGCGCUCUGGGCUUGGGGAACUCUUAUGGCUGCUAACCAUACUUCGCAAUAUACUGACACGAUCAUGAACUCAAAGGUCAUCCUGGCUAUCAUGCUACCAAUCGCUCUUUUAUUUGUCGUCAUUGGCAUAGUUCUUCUGAUCGGUCUACCUGAGUAUUAUGGGAAUCAGCCUGGCACAGUACCAAAUUUCUACAGCAGUCUCUUGAAGCGCAAGAUCGUCCUCUGGUUCUUCGUCGCCGUAAUCUUCCAGAACUAUUGGCUCUCGGCUCCAACAGGACGUAAUUGGCAAUACCUAUUCAACAGCACACAAGCUCCAGUCUGGGCUAUUGUUCUUCUCCUGCUUCUUUUCUUUAUCGUCAUUUGGUGCGCUGCUCUCUAUGCUCUGUCUCGUUUCAGUGAGCAUCACUCUUGGUUUUUGCCCAUCUUCGGUGCCGGUCUUGGCGCACCCCGCUGGUGCCAGAUGCUCUGGAGCACUUCUGGCAUGGGUCUUUACUUGCCCUGGGGCUCGACAGUCGGGAGUGCGAUCGCCGGAAGAUGUCUUUGGCUAUGGCUGGGUACUCUAGAUGCCCUGAGUGGUGUCGGUAUUGGCACGAUGCUUUUGCAGACACUCACCAGACAUCAUGUCGCGGUCACUUUGACAGCCGCUCAAGUGCUCGGUUCGAUCGCCACUAUCGCAGCUCGCGCUUCUGCACCUGACGCUACUGGCCCUGGCGCUGUGUUCCCAAAUCUGGUUGUCAGCUUGACUGGUCUUGGUGCUUGGGAGUUUUGGGUGUCGCUUCUGUUCCAAAUGGUAUUGCCGAUUGGCUUCCUUAUGUUCUUCCGCAACGAACAAUUGUUCAAGCCUUGAUGGCAUGUUGCAUCCUUGUUUCAUUUGUCGUCAGAUAUAACGUUUGUUAACGCAUGGUGUAAUGCACGAGUAAUGUAGAUAGAGUAGACUUAGGUAUAGACUAAUUGACCGACAUAAUGUAUGAUCAAUCUACGCAUUGCGCCUUACCACCCCCAAUUUUGAGCAAUGUUCUGCAAAUUGGCGUUGUUUACAUCGUUCGCAUCGCUCUUUCUCUUCCGAGCCAUUACAAGGCGCUCAAAACUUAGACGAUCCUGCUACGAGAGGAGCACUUGCCAUAACCAAUCGCGACUCGACUCAC